CUAAACCAGGAAGGCCCCCAACUGGACAACCGUUUCACGUAUGAGAAUGGGCCUAAUAACCCUCCAACCACGUUGACUUUUGGGCCCAACUACUUGUUACGCAACUUGUAUAAUCUCAGCCCAAUCCAGGAUUGGGCGUUGGCUACAACACUGGUAAGGCCAACGCGUUUCUUUGAUGUUCAAGAGAUCGUGUUGACGCAGAGCAAUUACGGUUCCGUGAAAAGAGUGUUCAUUGCUACGGACGUAGAUUUUGAUGUACCCAGACAAUUUCAAGAAAGAAUCGUAUCGCAGACUCCGCCAGAUAAGCUACAUCAAAUAUUGGGGUCGGAUCAUGUACCAAUGGCGUCGAGGCCUCUAGAACUCCGGAAUUGCUUGCUUGCCAUUGGUGGAAGAUAUUAG